CUCUCUCUCUCUCUCUCUCUCUCUCUAUGAAAGCCAGUGUGCAGGCUGACCUUCAACCACACCCACAGGGAACAAAAUAGCAAAAUGAGGAGAGGCACAUAGUGGCAGAAAGCCGGAGAAAACAGGAUAAGCACGGGAGACGGGUGAGGGGAAGGAGGCGAGGGAUGAAGGAGCAGAGAGGAACACCACGCUGAAGCGAGGAGACAAAAAAAAAAAAAAGAGGAAAAACGGAGAAAUCUCUCUUUUCUUGGGAAGCAGCCGAGCGCAAAGCGGAGUCUGACAAGAAAGAUGACGCUCCAUCCUCCUCCUCACCGGUCUGAUUACACCGCUCACGCUGACGCCAGCGCGCCACCGGCAGCUCCAGGACUUUGAGGCUCCGCCGAAGGCGCCGCGUCGCCGUGGAGCGGGACCUCGAGGAGGCGCCGGCGCCGACGGUCACGCGCGCGCUUCUUAAGAGGAACCGCACAAAGAGGCAGUGGAUGAAGAAUUAGCAGGCAGAGAAACAGUUUCCACAGAGGUUCAUUUUGACUAGAACGUCCCAAUCCCUGCGUUAAAGCCGGUCGUAAUGAGUUAAUCUACAACAGAAGGAUGAUUUCCUUGUGUGACUAAGGCAGUGAGCAGACAGAAGGAGGACUAAUUAAAGUUGUAACAUCUGCCUCCUGAGCUCUGGAUGUGUCUACAGGCUACAAGUCCCUCUCGCUCUACUUCCCCUCAGUCUCAUUUCCAGCAGGGAGGGUAAAUAAGGAAUGGGCUCGCUGCUAAACAAAGCAACUAAUCUUCCUGCAAGUGGCGUCGCCCUCAUUACCAUAACCAAUGAGCGCACUGUAGCUGCGCGCGCUGAAACACUCACGCCGAGCCUCUCCGGCUCAACUUCCACAGCUGAUGCCGGAGGAGAGGAGGGGAAACGGAGUGGGGUGGGAGGUCUGGAGAGGAGCACGUAAGCUGCUUACAAAUGAUCACCACGACCGAACUCGGACAGCGUGAGUGAGUUUGCGCCCCCUCCGUCCUCCGUCUGUGUCGGAGCGGGCUGCGGUUCUCGCGUCGCCGCCGUUAAGCCGCUCCUGCCCCACUUGCGAUCGACUUCUCCGGCUGCUCCGCGCGGCGAGGAUCCAGGUCCGGAUCAGGAUCCGGACCCCCCCCCCCCCCCGGACCGAGCCGCCGCAUCAUCAGCACCAGCAUCAGCAGCGGUCCCGCUCCGCCGCGGCACCGACAGGCGCGCGGAGCGACGCUGCGGGAGGUGACAGAUCUACAUUCACGUCCAGAUCCGCGUCUCCCGCGACGCGACGACCGCGGAGCCCAGCGGAGGGGACGGCGGCGCCGCCUGCGCCAAAACCCGGGACGCACCAAGCGCGAGCCGCGGUUCGUUCUCUCAAACUCGGCUCGGCGGCGAUGACUUUCCCUUUGUGCAGCCUCGCCUGCAGCGAGGAUAGGAGUUCAUCACCGAGCCCGGCUCAUCAGCGACAAUAAGGGACUUUAUUCAUCGCCGACGCCGCGCGUGCUGGGGGAGACACAGCACAUGUUGUGAAUCACGACCGGAGGACCGAGCCCAAGUGCGAGACGAAUGGUUUGGGCAUGGUGCCCACGCCCCAGGUGUGCGUAUCAACCCUGGUCACGGUGAGCACGAUGGCGGUGGUGGACCUGUACCUGCUGGAGCAGAGCAUGCUGGGGGCGCGGGGCCCCCCGGGGCCCGGCGUCUGGCAGUGCGCCGCCGUGCUGCUGGGCGACGCGGGCUUCCUGCUGGCGCUGCGCUUCGUGUCGGCCGGGGUGGCGUCGGAGGCGCGGUCGCCGCGCCGCGGCUUCGCCAACGCCUUCUGGUUCCUGUUCCUGUCGCUGCUCCAGCUCAAGCUCUUCUUCGUCUGCCACAACUACAGGCAGGAGCGCCGGCCGCCCGACCCGCUCGCCAGGAAGACCCUGACGCUGCUGCUGUCCAUCUGCCUCCCGUCCCUGUUCCUCAUCCUGACGGGCGCCGACCACAUGACCCCGCAGCGCCGCAAGCAGGAGGUGCGGGGCCGCCUGCUGUGGGUGGUGGUGGACCUGCUGGAUGUGCUGGACCUGCAGGCGGGGCUGUGGGAAGCCCAGGGAGGAGCAGCGGCGGGGCCCGGGGGGGCCCUCGAGCAGAAGCUGCCAAUCUGGGCCGAGGGCCUGGUCUUCUUCUACUGCUACGCCCUACUGCUCCUGCUGCCAUGCGUGGCCCUCACAGAGCUCGGGGCCACUGCUCUGCCUGGGCAGAGGGGUCCACGCAAGGAGGCUCUGUACCCGUGGCUCAGCCUGGUCACCAUCAACGUCUUCACCCUGGCCCUGAGGGGCACGGGCAUGCUGUGGUACAGGGACCCCCGCGUGUCCACCGUCUUCCUGGGGAAGAACCUGCUGGCUCUGGUGGUGAAGCUGAGCUCGGCCUGGGAGAGACACCGGCAGGAGCGCUCGGCGGCGGGAGCCGGGGCUCUGGGCGGCGCGGAACCGGCAGAGUCGGCCCUGCCGAGUCAGAGCUCGGAGCCGGGAGAGAGCCAGGCUCAGGGGAAAGCGCCUCCCUCUCAUUAUCACACGCUGACUCGCUCCCAAAGCCACACGCUCUCCCACGUCAGCCUGGAGCCCACAGAGACCGCCUUAGGACCCUCUUUCAUCUCCCAUGAACUCUAGAGAGUGACUCUAAACAGGCAUGCAUGUAAACACCCCCCCCACACACACACACACACAGGCCAAGCAAGCCAGUAUCACAUCCAAACAGAACUUGUGAACUGUGAUGGAUAUGAUGGAGGGCUGUGGUAAUGCAUUUGGCAAGCUCAGCUUUCCUGCACAUCUUGUGCUAAGAAUAACUCAAAAGACGUAUUUUUAAAUUGAACCCAGAGAACACAUCCAUCAGACUGUAAAGAAUAUUCCAGAAGCGUAUGCAGGCGUCUCGUAGUGUGUUUCUCCUCUUUUAAUCUGGGCACAUCUGCCUCGGCUGCCACAGCUCGUUGAAUCCCGACCUUGACAAACCAUCCCGCUGUUGCAGUUUAACUUUCUAACAUUUCUAAUGCGUGUGUUUUCGUUCUGUUAGCGGACGGAGGGGAGGGGGUCGACUCAUCUGUGAUGCACUUAUUUGUCAAAUGUGACAUCGGUUCCUGAGGUUUGGGCCGUUAGAUGCCGAAACACAGACAGUGACCUUUCAGAGUACAUUUUCUCUGACUUCACAGAGGAAAGUUUAUUACACAUGAGUGAUGAUUUAUUUGCUCCUUCAGGACCACAGAGGCUAAAUUUAAAAGCCACCUAGCACUAAAACCCACUCUACACUCUCCUCCAGCAUUGAGUGUCCAUCCAAACUGCUCCCUACCUCUUUGGCUUGUGACCCUUUGAAGUAAAAGUCUAGUCACGACCCCCCAAAUAAGAUUAUUACUAUUUAAAUGCAUUCUAGCGGCCUGGAGAGACUUUUUCAUAUUCUCAUGGCGGCCCAGAUUUAUCUAGUGCUGCACGAUGGCUUGUCCACCAAUUGAUGUGCUCCCAGGCUUUCAUUCCAACCACAGGCAAUGCUGGCAGAUCUCAUUUAGUUAUUCCUCUUGUUUGGCAGAAAUGCGAGAUGAACCAGGCGCUGUGGAGUUUGGCAGGAGUGGAAACCUACAGAUUAGUGAGGCUCAUCAUCAACCAGCCCUGUCACACUGUGUUUUUUUUGCUCUUAUGACAUCUGUUACUUAGUUUAAAUGCUGAAUCUGAAGCAUACUGAAUAUUCCAAUUUAGGCACGAUUUCAAAAAUGAAUAAACCUGUUUUUCUAUUUCAGGAUUUGCUGUUAAAGUCUUCCAAGGGAGAUUUGAACGCGACACACUAGAAACCAUAUAACGAACCAUUUACAUAAAUAAGAUCAGUUUUAACUCUCAGAUGGGAAAUAUUCUAAUGCUGCAUCUUAAAACGACUGCAGCGCAAACUGCAGGUGUAUUUGAAUAUGUCGUUUAUGUUCAUGACGGCAGGCCAGUGUCAUAAAUCCCUUCACAACUUGACAACACGUUCAGAAUUCAUGCUUUGCCGUCAUUUGUUGCUGGUACUUGUAUCAUACCCAUUGUUAGUCGCUAUCAGAGGGGGAACAAAAAAGAAAGAGAAGCUGUCCAGCUGCAGAUCGCAUGCCUAAUCCAUGUUCCACUCCAGAUAAAAGAGACGACUUCUCAUUAGAGGCGGCGCUUUCUUACACAAAUCUGUCGGGAUGCGGGCGCCGCGGCGUCCGGGCGCCCAGGACGUACAGUACAGUCAAGUGCCUUGUUUCCUCAUGAAGCCGCUGCAUCACGGGUACAUGUGAAACUUGGACUCAUGCCAUGUGUGUAUACUGUUGUUGUUGUUGUCAGCUACACCUCCAGGACAGUGUGCAAACUAAUAAAGUGUUUCGUACGAGCCUCAUGUUGACAUUUCA